GUGCCAGUCGUGGCGCGCUAUAGCACUCGGGAUGCCGAGGUUGUGGUCCAAGAUCCACUUCUCUACCACCCAGCUUGCGUCCGCGGAUAUCGUGCGAUUGUGGCUCGAGCGCGCCAGAAACCGCCCCCUCGACAUCGAGAUUUACAUCGACUCUUCCUCAACGCAACCACCUCCCCCCACCCCCAACAUCUGGGUCCCCUUCCACGGCGGCUGGGUAGCCGCGCAACCCGCGCCCGCCCCUUCAAGCCACCCGGCAAGCAUCCACUGGGCGCACGUCGUCACGCACUACCUUGUGCAGAGCAUGGCGCGCUGGCGGCGCUUCGUGCUCCGCUUCGACCGCCAUUUCCCCUCUAUGGACGCUCUCCAGAGCAUCUCUGGUGAGUGUCCCCCUCGCUGUCGCCCGCCGCGCUACACGUGCUCAAGGGCCCGCGCCGCGCAGGGGACGCACCGCUGCUCGAGGAGUUCGAGGUCUGCACCGCGGACACGGCGUACUUUCCCGAGUGGCGCUCCUUUUUGCCGUGCACCCAGCGCGUAGUCAAUCUGCCGAGGUUGCGCUCGGUGACGCUGCACCACAUCUCGUUCGGGCUGAUGGGUCCGUUGCUCGUGAAGCCACCGGCAUCGGACGCACCAGGGGCGCUGAGCUCCCUCACGAACAUCACACUGCGCGCGCUGCCCGGGAUGGUCAUUCCCCUCAAUCAGGUGCUCGCGCUCGUCAUCGCGAACCCCAUGCUCGAGGCGCUCGUACUCUACUUCCCCGCCAUACAACCCCCUGUCCUUCCGCUCUCCUCCUACCCGCUCAUCACGCUCCCGCACCUCCGCACCCUCGCCC